AUGGACACAAUAACCAAUGCCUAUGGGAGUGACAGCGACACGGAAAGCACGCCCACAGGAGUGUCGUCUUCUGCUCCGACAUCCACCCUAUCAUCCUCAGUCUCCGGGCCCCCCGGCGGCCCUUAUCUCGUCAAUCGCUCCGUCAACUCGGCCCCGUUUGUGAACCCUGCUUUGAAAACCGUGAUGAAUCGUCCUGGUUUUAUACCGCCAACGUCGCGGGAGCUCACCACCAACGUGAAGGCUGCCACUCUACUGGCUCCAAUUCAGGGACCAGAGCAUCCUUUUCGUCGGGAAAUGGACUCGAUGGGAGGCACGAAGCUGGCCACGGGUGGUUACAAGGAAGACGCUGUCAUGGAGAAAUGGAAUUUCCAUGAACAAUUUCAUACCUUCCACGCUCAAGGGUACGCGAGGGAUGACGUGGCCGGGGGUAUCAUAGGGAAUGUGCAUAAUUACAUGCGCAAGGAAUGCCUGAGGGACCCGGCUGGUCCGACAGCAAUAAAUGCGGGCAGGGUGACAAAACCGAGCGGGAGCACAGCGUUGGAGCCCGUGUCGCGACGGAAGCGAAAGGGCGUGGAAGAAGACGAGGAUUUGGGAGAAGAGGAGGAUGGUCCGUGGGCUCCUGCAAAGGAAGAACCUGUCAUAACACAAUUGGAGGCGGGGACCUUAACCGAGGAGCAAAAGCGGCACCGGGCAGAGCUGGCGGAGCGGAAGGCCGCCAAACACCGCGGCUACGACGAGGACGAGGAUUUGGACCGACGGGAUGAGCGAAAAGUGGCGCAUUUGUUGCCUCCGCGCCAUGACCGGGACACGGUAGCCUCGGAGCCCACCACGCAGUUUCACGGUAAAGGCGAGAGUGACUACCAGGGACGGUCCUGGGUGGAGCCACCGGGCGGGCUUCGGCCCGUGGAGACCGACCAUGCUUGUUAUUUGCCGAAGCGGUGCGUGCAUCGUUAUACGGGCCAUGGAAAAGGCGUGCAAGCCAUCGAGUUCUUCCCGGGCACCGGGCACCUCCUCCUCUCUGCAUCCUUGGACGGUACCUGCAAAGUCUGGUCCGUCUACGAUGAGAGGCAACUGCGACGGACUUACUCAGGCCACACAGCUGCAGUCCGUUGCAUCAAUUUUAGCCCGGAUGGCAGUCGCUUCCUGAGUGGGGGCUUCGAUCGUUUCCUGCGCUUGUGGGAUACCGAGACUGGACAAUGCAUCUCCACCAUCACCAACCGUAAGGUUCCGUACGCCGCUAAAUUCUACCCGCCCAACGACAACCUCUUCAUUUUUGCCGCUUCGGACAAUCGUCUGUACACGUACGACUGGUCCUCGGGGGAGAUGGUUCAAGAAUACAAUCACCACCUGUCCGCGGUCAACACCGUCACCUUUUACGACAAUAACUCCCGCUUCGCCUCCACUUCCGACGACAAGAAAAUGCUGCUGUGGGAGUGGGACAUUUCCGUGCCUAUCAAAUACAUAGCCGAGCCUGGGAUGCAUUCAAUGCCCGCAGUGACCCCCUCGCCUGCGGGCGACUUUGUGGCGUGUCAAUCGUUGGACAACACUAUCAAAAUUUUUGGUUGCCGGGAUCGCUUCAAGCUCUUGCACAAAAAAGUCUUCAAAGGACACACCAUUGCUGGAUUUGCUUGUCAGCCCGCAUUUUCUCCCAACAAUCGAUACUUGGCCUCUGGGGAUGGGGAGGGAAAGUUGCACUUCUGGGAUUUCAAAAACACCCGGGCUUUGGCAAAAUAUCGGGCGCAUGACAAUGGUCCGUGCAUCGGCUUGGUCUGGCACCCCGUCGAAGCCUCCAUGGUUGCGUCGUGCGGGUGGGAUGGCUUGAUUAAAUUUCUUUUCACCAUAAUGGCCAUCAAGAAGUCCGUCCCUACCGCUGCCCGUGCCGCCCCGGCCAAGUCUGCGGCCAAAAAAGCCAAGGUGGCUCCUAAGGCUGCGAAGCCUGCUGGGAAACGGGGUCGCCCGGCAAGCGCUGCUAAGAAAGCUGCCAAACCCGCCAGCAAACCUGCGUCAAAGCGUAAACCUGUGGCAAAGGCUUUGCCAGCGGUGGCGGCGCCCAAGCCGGCCGCAAAAGCUGCCCCCAAGCCGGCGCCCAAGGCUGUCAAGAAGAGCAAACCCGCCCCCAAGAAGACCAAGCCGGCGGUGAAGAAGACUAAGCCCGUGGCGAAAAAAGCGACUCCUAAGCCCGCCGCGAAGAAGAGCAAGCCCGCUGCGAAGAAGAGCAAGCCCGCCGCGAAGAAGAGCAAGCCCGCCGCGAAGAAGAGCAAGCCCGCUGCGAAGAAUGCUUUGCCCGUUAUCAAGAAGGCCGCCAAGCCCGCGGCUAAGGUGGCAAAGGAGAAGAAAGCACCCGCUAAAAAGGCGAAGGCCACAAAGAAGUAAAUUGUCGAGCUGGCGUGGCGUCAAGUGGCGAGAAUUAACGGACACGUGCUCCCGAAGUGUGUAUGAGUAAUUUUCCGGGGGAUUGGCCUGAGUAAAACACGUAACAAAAUUUAUGGAGAGGGCAGAUGUUGAAAAAUGACAGGGAAAGGGGGGAGAGAAUGAGGAUCAAAGCUUUCCUGCAAAAACCUAAAAAAAAGGAGCUUUUGAAUCACACGUGACGCAAGACCAAGAAGAGCAACGGAAACAGGACUGGCAGCUGGAAUCCAGAUAUUGGGCCUUGAAUUUGACAGAGCGCACAUCAUUGUUGGUGGAAAUAUAUAUUCACACAGAUGGAUUCUCUCUUUUAACAUCCUGAAAGCUUAUUGUACCCAUUGUGCUAUCACCUGCCCCAUCCACGGAAAGGAUCGAUACAAUUUGCAGCUUUCAUUACACUUUCAUCCCAAUGAUUCAAACAAAGCGACAAGGAAGAAAAAGACACCAAAUCCUUGCGUGAAA